ACCCAUGGGUCUGUUAGAAUUUUCAAACAAGCCGAAAGUCCACAAGAGUGUUCUUCAAAGAGAAAAUGCCAAAAGUCCACAAGAGGAUUCUCCAAGAAUAAAAAACCACCAGCGAAGCAUAAACCCGCAAAAGAAAGAAAACCUCCAAAUACGACGAUACCAAAGCUAUGGGAUCAUACCAGCAAAGCUCCAAUACGACGACACCGAAACGACGAGAUCACACCAGCGAAGCUCCAAAUACGACGAUACCGAAGCGACGAAAUUACAUAG